AUGUCACGCACUCCAUUAAGGAAUAUCAAGGCAAAAGAAUCCGCUGUUCGAGGGACUUCAUUGACUCCAAAGAAAUACCCGCCAAGUUUGAAUUUCCAGAUUCCCGAAACUUCAGCUUUUGCAAUCAAUACACCCAUUACUACCAACAAGGAAAACUAUAAUUAUUGUGGAUCUCCAAUCAGAAAGAGGCCUUUGAUUGAAAACUUCCAGAAUUGUGAUGAAGCAUCAAAUUCUCCACCUGAAGCAGCAGAAGAUACUUUCAGAAUGGCUGAAAAAGUUCCAAUUGAGUUCGAGGAAUUUGAUGAAGAACUGGAUAUAUCUAAGGAAGAAUUUAAUAAAAAGGAGGAACUGAAUCAUGUUAAGAAUAAAGCUGAAGACUUGAAGUAUUAUGAAAGUGCCAGCGCAGUAGAGAAAGUUAAAGGGUUGACUUCAAAUGAAGUUUUAGAGGACGCAGGAGAUGAAUCUGUUAUUUUAAAUCUACUUAAACUCGUUAAUGGAGAAGCAAUUGAGUCAGAGGCUCUCGUGAAAUACCUUGAAUAUAAUCGAAAGUCUAAAUUAGAUAAAAAUUUGAAUAACUUGAUCAGUUCAAUUUCAAAGUUCGAAAUUCCAGAAUUCCAUUUAGACCCAGUUGAUCUCAAUGUUACAAUUGAUAAUUUUCAAGAAAAGUAUUAUCAUUUGGUAAGUGAAAAUGAGAAGUUAAAGAAUAUGUUAUUACAAGUGUUGGAAAAGCUUGAAAACUUUAAGGAGAAUCAGUUUGUUUCAGUUCACAAUAUCAGACAACAGAUUUUGGAAGAAUCUGACCUCAAAUUCAAGUAUAAGAAAGAAGUGGCUAAUUUAUCAGAAGAGAUGAAGUUCAAUUUAUUUGAAAAUAUUUUAUUUGGGGAAGCUCUUAAGGAUUGA